CAACGUAUCCGGAUUUUGGCGAGGAAAAAUAUUGUGUUUUCGUUUAAAAAGUCGAUCUUAUAUCGUUUUGCAACGAUGGCGUACUACAAGGGUGCCGCCUCCGAGGGAGGACGUGCGGCCCAGCUUAUGAAGAGACGUGAAUUGGCCCAACAGGAGGUCGAAUUUCGCAAGAAGAAAAUCGAGGAGGACCUGAAAGUGAGCAAUAUCGAGAACAAAUUUGCCGCCCAUUACGAUGCGGUGGAGCAGCAGCUCAAAAGCUCCACCAUCGGGUUGGUCACCCUGGAUGAGAUGAAAGCCAAGCAGGAGGACAUUGUCCGGGAGCGCGAGAAAAAACUGGCCCAAAAGAAGGAGGAAAAGGACAAGGAGAAACUGAAGGCACUGGAAGCGAAGCUGGCGGAGAAGGAUCGUCAGAAGCGCCAAAUUCAGGCUCUUUCAUUUGAUCCGGAAGACGAGACUGGAGAGGACGAUGAGGCGGAUGGAGGAGGAGAUUCGGAUGCAUCGGAAGAGAUGCCUACGAAACGCUCGUGGAAGGAACAGGUUCCGAGUGGCGUCAAGAAGAUACGCAAGAAUCCGGACGUUGAUACCUCAUUUUUACCCGAUCGGGAACGGGAAGAGCGUGACAACAGGUUACGGGAGGAGCUGCGCCAAGAGUGGGCCAUGAAACAAGCUACUUUAAAGGACCAGGAAAUCACGAUCACGUUCAGCUACUGGGAUGGUUCCGGCCAUCGCAAAUCAGUUGCAAUGAAGAAAGGUAAUUCUAUCUAUCAAUUCCUUCAAAAAUGUCUCGAAAUGCUACGGAAAGAGUUCAGCGAACUAAAGACGGUAAUGGCGGACCAGCUGAUGUACGUGAAGGAAGAUUUGAUCCUGCCGCAUCACUACACAUUCUACGACUUUAUCGUAACGAAAGCACGCGGAAAAAGUGGACCGCUGUUCAACUUCGACGUGUUUGACGAUAUCCGUAUGAUAAGCGACGCAACGGUGGAGAAGGAAGAUUCACACGCCGGCAAAGUUCUGCUAAGAUCGUGGUACGAGCGUAAUAAGCACAUUUUCCCCGCUUCGCGCUGGGAACCGUAUGAUCCGACGAAGGUCUACGAUAAGUAUACCAUUAAGGAUAAGAGUAAGAAAUAGUAAUUUUAUCCGCUUUCGGCGAGGAACCGUACGAUUCGAUGAAGCUCUACGAUGAUUGUACCAUUAAGUUUAAGAGUAGGAAAUAAUAUACUUCAUUCAAUAUGUAAUGAACCAAAACGCCACUAUGUUUCUUGUUGAUGAGUUACAAGUACAAUCGCU